UUGUCGCUUGUCAGUUUUCAGUUUUCACACCGUGAAAAUAUUUCAGUACGCGAGUUUUCUCCCUUGAUCAAACGUCAGUGUAAACAUUCGAUUGUAAAGCAACAUCUUUAGGUGUCUUUCUAAACGCAGAUUGAAACUACUCAUUUUGAUGGUGAACAUAAAUGACCCAGUGAAGCAGGUUUACAAUGCUGCUGAUGAGGUUAAAGCUAUGGUGUCUCUAAGCCUUGCUGAGAUGGUCAUGGAAGAGUUAACAUUUGCAAACAUUGCGGGUUUUAUAGCCUCGGGUGCAAUGAUAUUUGGAGGAGUGUUCCCUUUCAUACCACAGUAUAGGGACAUCCGUCGGACUCAGAAUGCAGAUGGGUUUUCACUCUUUGUGUGUUUGACGUUGCUAAUUGCAAAUAUAUUGAGAAUACUGUUUUGGUUUGGAAAGCGUUUUGAACUCCCCUUGCUAGCACAGAGUGUUAUCAUGACAUUUACAAUGUUAGCACUAGUGCACUUGUGCGUCACUGUGAAGCAUAAAGGGGAGCUAAUCAAAUCCAGACAGCACCACUUUACAGCUUCACCUGUGCAACAUCACUUCUUGGACUUUGACUUGGAUCACUUCUGGCAAUGGUCAGAGUUUGGCAGCUACGUGCAGUUUACAGUGGCAUUCUCAGCCUUGAUGGGCGUCCUUACCUUCAUCCUUAUUUCCAACUGGGUGUUCAUAGAGACCAUAGGGUUCCUUGCAGUGUUUGCAGAGGCCAUGUUGGGAGCCCCGCAGUUCUAUCGCAAUUUCCAGAAUAAGUCUACGCAGGGAAUGAGUAAGAAGAUGGUGGGCAUGUGGACGUGUGGAGAUGUUUUCAAAACGUGUUACUUUGUGAUCCGUGAAGCCCCGGCCCAGUUCUGGAUCUGCGGCUCUCUGCAAGUCAUGAUCGACAUCUCCAUUUUUCUGCAGGUGUUUGCGUACAGAAAAUCACAUCGCGCCGUCAGUUAGUUGCGUACAAUCUGUAGGCUUCUUUUGUUAACUUUUAUUAUAUUUAUUAAUUACUUCAAUUCAAUGCAUUGUUGUUCUUAAGGAUUUAUGUUUAUGUCUAUAAUUUGCAUGUAUUGGUAUUUACCAUUUUUUGCUGUUUUGAUUAUAUCCUGUUAAUGUCAUUUUUUGUCUAACACUUGUUUAUUCUAUACUGCAUUUUCAAUUUUCCAAAAUUCUUAAGUUUAAAAUAUUUUCUAUAUUUUUUCUAUAAUAAACUGUAUAAGCAAAUAUCUACAUCUAUUUAAAUUUAAAAAAUCUGAAAUCACAUGACCUUAACGUCUUAUAUUUGGAACCUAACAUUUUAUUACAUUCUUCAACAGCAAAAAAUUAAAUUAUGGCUUUGGGGUAAAAACUGGUCUUAGAUCUACUUUUUAUGCCCCCGGUAGGGUGGCAUAUAGCAUUUGAAAUGUAUGUGCGUCUGUCCGUCCGAAAACUUUAACAUUGGCCAUAACUUUUGCAAUAUUGAAGAUAACAACUUGAUAUUUGGCAUGCAUUUGUAUCUCAUGGAGCUGCAUAUUUUGAGUGGUGAUAGGUCAAGGUCUUCCUUCAAGGUCAAAGGCCAAAAAAAGUAAUCAAAGGGAAGUAACAAGCUUUAAAGGUAGAUAAUUUAUAUUUAUCAUUUGGCAGGUACAGAUCAUUUUUUCAAGGGAAGUAAUAUUGUUUAAAGGGAUAUAAUAACAAAAAAAAAUCAAUCAAAGCAGCGCAGUAGGGGGCAUUGAGUUUCUGACAAACAAUUCUCUUGUUUAAUUAAAGUUAUACUUAUUAUAAAUGACAAUUUUUUUAUAAAUAAAACAAGUAAUUAAGUUUGUCAAAAUAAGUAGUUAGUAAGUUUAUUUGUAGUUUAUAACUACUUUAUUCUGAAAAAAUUAGUGUGUCAAAUUUGAGCAGAAAUUUUCAAAAAAGGGCUGUAGAGAAUAUAAAGCAGUGCUUCUCCAGAUAUGCCCUUGAAUCAGUAUACUCCAAUCAGGUGUCAUAAUGUACCGCUUUAAUGAGACUCUGAAACCCCACUUCACUUUCUAGGAAAGCACAGGCUGGUCUCUAGCUACGCUGGCGGCAUAUGUGAGUCGCGUUCUGAAAAAACUGGGCAUAAUGCAUGUGCUUCAAGUGUCGUACCAGAUUAGCCUGUGCAAUCAGUACAGGCUAAUCAGGGACGACACUUUCCGCUUUUAUGACAUAUUUCGUCUUAAUGAAGUCUCUUCUUAGCAAAAAUCCCUUUUUAGGCAGAAAGUGUCGUCCCUGAUUAGCCUGUGCAGACUGCACAGGCUAAUCUGGGAUGACACUUUUAGCACAUGCAUUAUGCCCAGUUUUCUCAUAACGCGAAUCAUAUCUUAAACCUAAUUUUGUACGACGGGGCUAAUAAUGAAAAUUUUAUUAAGUUUUGUGUUUUGGGCCGCUUUACUCCUAAAGUAUCAUAGCUAUUGCUUUCAUACUUGAAACACUCACAAACUAUCAUAAGGGGACUGUACGGAACAAGUUGUAUAAAUCUGGUUGUCAUUUUUACGGAAUUAUGGCCCUUUUUUGACUAAGUAACUUUUAAUAUAUGGUUAAAUUUUGUGUUUACAUCCACUUCACUUCUAAAGUAUCAAGGCUAUUGCUUUCAAACUUCAAAUACUUUCAUGCUAUCAUGAGGGUACUUUACCUGGCAAGUUGAAUUUUACUUGACCUUUGAUCAGAUUUGAUUGAUACUUUGACAAAACAACUCUUACAUGACAUACUACAAUAGACUCCACCCAAACCAUCCCCCAUGCCCGCCCCCCCUCCCCCGAAUCUUCCCCCCCCCCAAAAAAAGAAAUAAAUUAAUUUUCAUUUUUUUUUGGAAAAAUCAUCUUAUAAAUGACCACACCCUCACACUAUACCCCCCCCCCCCCUGACACCACCCAACCCGACACCACACACCCCCCCCUCAAUUUUUUUUUUAAACAUGGUUAAAAAACAAAAAUAUUUAUUUUUAUUAUUUUAUUUUUGAAAGACGAUCUAACUAUCCCACCCAAGAAUCCCCCCCCCCCCCAAAAAAAAAAUCUUUUAUUUUUGUUUUGUUUUUGCAUUUUUAUUUCUUAUUUUUGGAAAAUAAUGUAAUAAAUGACCACACCCCCACACUAUACACCCCUCUCCACCCCACCCAUCUAUCUUUUUUGAUUGAAGAGUUGAGAUAGUUCCCUUCACCUUUUAAAAGAAAAAUAGAUGAGCGGUCUGCGGGUGGUGCUCUUAUUUCCUGUGCAAUAAUUCUUAAUUAAACAGACUUUUUCUGUUAUUCAUAUUUUGUAUCUCACAAUGUAGCAGACUUAUCAGUUAUCAAAUCAGUAAAACAAACCCUCAUACCAAACAUAACUGUAAACAAACCCUCAUACCAAACAUAACUGUAAACAAACCCUCAUACCAAACAUAACUGUAAACAAACCCUCAUACCAAACAUAACUGUAAACAAACCCUCAUACCAAACAUAACUGUUAACAAACCCUCAUACCAAACAUAACUGUUAACAAACCCUCAUACCAAACAUAACUGUUAACAAACCCUCAUACCAAACAUAACUGUUAACAAACCCUCAUACCAAACAUAACUGUUCCUUUGUUGUGACCAAGUCAAAACCAGAAAUUUGGACUUUUAACAUUAGGUAAUUACAGGAGUGCCAGUUAUAAGUUACUCAAAUUCAGAAUUUAAUCAAUAUAUCAUUGUAAGUCUGCUUAGAUAUAUUAGUGAGAUAGAUGUUCCCGAAAAAAUGUUUUGGUUCUCUUUAUCUCUUGUUUUUUUUUAGAACUGUCACAGUAAUGUUUAGGGAAUUGUUCACAGUUUGCAAGAUAGGAAAAUAAAUAAUGUAGAUAAAAAAAAUGAAUGCAUGAUAUAAAAACAAGCAAAAUAACACUCCUCCUUAAAUGUUUUUUUAAAUAGAAGCACAUUUAUGUAUAAUUUUGAUUCAUAAUCAGUUGACUACUUGAGUCGUGUUCUUUGAAAGCUGGGCAUAAUGCAUGUGCGUAAAUUGUCAUCCCAGAUUAGCCUGUGCAUCCGCACAGGCUAAUCAGGGACUAAACUUUCCGCUUUAAUGACAUUUUUUGUUAAAAUGAAGUAUCUUAAGGCAGAAAGUGUCGUCCCUGAUUAGCCUGUGCGGAUUGCACAGGCUAAUCUGGGAUGACACUUUACGCACAUGUAUUAUGCCCCGUUUUCUAAGAACAUGACUCAAUUUAGCAUUUGAAAUGAUUUUCAUCAACUAUUUGAGCCUCACUCUGGGAAAAUAAGGCUUAAUGCAUGCGUGUAAAUUAUACGCGUUCUGAGAAAACGGGGCUUAAUGCAUGUAGGUAAAUGAUACUCGUUCUGAGAAAACGGGGCUUAAUGCAUGUGUGUUAAUGAUACUCGUUCUGAGAAAACGGGGCUUAAUGCAUGUGUGUAUAUGAGACGCGUUCUGAGAAAACGGGGCUUAAUGCAUGUGUAUAAAGUGUCAUCCCUGAUUAGCCUGUGCAGUCUGCACAGGCUAACCAGGGACAACACUGUCCACUUUUAUGAUAUUUUUGGUUUAAAGAAAGUCUCUUCUAAGUAAAAAUCUAGUUUAGGCAGAAAGUGUCGUCCCUGAUUAGCCUGUGUGGACUGCACAGGCUAAUCUGGGAUGACUCUUUAUGCAGAUGCAUUAAACACCAUUUUCAAGGAGCACGGCUCAAAUUGUCAUCCCAAAUUAGCCUGUUUGGAUUGCACAUGCUAAUCUAGGAAAACACUCUCUGGCCAAACUUCUUGUCUGUAGACAACCUAGGGCUCUGUUGUUUUAAAAGUUGCCCAUUAGAUAAUGAAUAAAUGGUACAGUAAUUUUUUGCCACCAUUCUUAGAUUUUAUAUUGUUCUUUGAAUAAAACAGUGUUCUAAAUCGGUUUGAGAAUUCAAGUAUGCUGCAUAAUUUUGCCGUAUGUUCUGGCAAAAAAGAAAGGGAUGUAUGUCUCCAAACUUUAAUCAUCGGUAAUUAAACCAACAUUUGAACACCUUGGUCGUUAUUUGUGCAGACGUCUAACAUAUUUAAAGGGGCCUUUUCACAGAUUUUGGCAUUUUUUAACUUAUUCAUUAAAUGCUUUAUAUCGAUAAAUGUAAGCAUUGGAUCGUAACAGCUCCAGUAAAAAAUCAAGAAUAAAAUUUAAAAAAGGAAAAGAACAUUGACCGGUCCAGGUUUCGAACCAGUGACCCCUGGAGUCCUGCCAGAGUCCUGAAGUAAAAACGCCUUAGCCUACUGAGCUAUUCCGCCGAGUACACAUUCAUGAAGUAUUUUAUACCUUAUAUAAGCAAUCUUCGUAGUUUCACAAAAUUUAACGACAAAAACAGAACUCUCCAAAUUAUUCAAUCGUUUCGCGUUGCAACGCUUUAUAAUUUUUAGGUUUUAAAAUCGUCAAAAGAUGCAUAUAAUGGCUAUAUUAGACCAUGGUAAAUGUUCAGUAUUACUGUUUCCUCACAAAUAUCAUAACUAAAACGAAAAUUUGCGAAUCGGAAACAACUUUUUUCAAUUUUGUCAAUUUACCAAAGCGUGAAAAGAUCCCUUUAAUGGGAAACAAAUAAUUGAAAUAUUGUUUACAUGAGAAAUUAUGUGAUGAAUGAUUGUAAUAUCAUUAAAUGAUAAAAAAAUAAGUUGUUGUCAAUGACUAAUUUCUAAAAAGAAAGUAUUCUAAUAACCUGAUUAAUGUAAGCACAAUUCUAUUGUUUUAAAUGUUUAAAAGUUAGUUUGUGUUCUGUGUGAUGUGUCUGGGUCUGUUUAACAGACAGUUUGUUUCAUAUCAAAUAAACCUAUGCAGCUUUGUUUCAAUCAUGUUCUUCAAAUGACUUGCAUUAUGCAAGAAUACGACUUCUGCAAUAUGCGACCUGUGUAGCUCAAUACCAGACUGCUAAACAGACCAGCCUGAGCAUUUGCCCAGUCUUGUCAGGAGCUACCCUGCUUGCUAUUAAGUCAUGCAAGGUUUCAGUCUCAUAAGCAGACAGUUUAUCUCAUGACCAGUCUACGUGACUGCCCAGACUGGUCUAAGGCUGCCCUGGCAGCAUAUGCGAUAAGAUCCAUUUUCGCAUAACGCGGGUUUAAUUGCACCUGCUACGAUUGUUUUGAUGCUUCCAUAAAGCGAUUGUACAUGAGUCAAUGUGAUUGUCGAUAUAUCAAGUACUGGUAUACAAACAAAUUUCAUUAUAAUACUCAUUAUUAAUAUGAACUGUGGUAUGCCAUUGGUCUUAUGCCAAAUGCUGCAGUCUGGUCAGGAGCAACAAUGUCACUCACUGUCUAAUUACGGGGCGGAGUAGAUUUGAUAAGACCACGCACAUUUACAUACUGGUUUGGAGCUACACUUGCCGCAUAUGUCAUAAGACCCAUUUUCGCAUGACGCGGCUAUAUUUACUUUUGUCAUAAAACUGGUAUCCAUAAUUUUUACUAUGAUGUUUGUCUGGGUAAACCAGAUAAAUUUAUUAUAUCCAUAACAUCAUUAAAACUGUCUAGAUUUCA